GUACCAGAAAGAAAGAAAAUGAGGUGUGGGAUUCUGCUGGCGGUGCUGGCGGUGGUGGCGAUGGUGGUGGUGGCCGAUGACUGUAAGUAUGAACGCUGCAUUGGCAUCUACUACCCAUUUUCUGUUCCAUAAGAGCGAUUGUUAGGUUACGUUAGGCUAGGUAAGGUAAGGAAUGCAAGGUGAGGGACGGUAAGGUAAGGGAAGGCAAGAUAAGGCAAGGUUGGGUAAGGUAAGGCAAUGUUAAGUACGGUACGGUAAGGUUAGGUAAGGUUAGGUAAGGUCAGAUCAUAUGCUGUAGUCUAAAGUCACCUAAUAAUAUCAUUCACUAUUCUUAAAACUCAUAGACAACUAAUAUUUUUUCCCUCUUUCUUACCCUCCUCAAAAACCCAACUUAGCCACCAAAACACCAACAACCAACACAUUUAUUGAACCACUACCACCAGCACCACCACUACCACCACUACCACAAGCACCAUCACCACCACAAGAACCAUCACUCCCACCAGCACCACCACAACCAGAAGAACCUAAUGCUCCCGACGCGAACUGCCAAUUAAAGUGUCUGAUGUCUAAGCACCGGCGCCCUAUCUGUGGCAGCAACGGCCAGACCUACGCCAAUCUGUGUGACCUAGAGAUGGACAGAUUUUGUGGGAACUUGAAGGAUCUUUCCGUGAAUUCCUGCGGGUCGUGCACGGAUCCUGUUGAGAACACACGCUGCUGCCCGCUGGACUGUCCUGACAUCGACAAGCCCGUGUGUGGAACUGACGGAAAAGAUUAUCCAAGUCCUUGCAAGGUGGACGAUGCAAGGCUGUGUCAGAACGUGGAUGUUUAUAUCGAGCACUAUGGCCCUUGUGAUCAAACAAAAAAACAAACCAAAGGGAUCACCAUCAUUAUCGAACCACCAGCACCACCACCAAUAAUUGAAAUCCUCACCACUGCUGCCCCCCCCGAGCUGUGCCCCUUGGAGUGUCCCAUGCAGUACCACCCCGUCUGUGGCAGCAAUGAGGAGACCUACGCCAACAUGUGUGAGCUGGAAAACGACAGGGUUUGCGGGGACCAGGAGGAUCUCUAUGCUCAAUUCUUCGGGUUGUGCUCAAGUCCUGCUAAUCUUGAAUUAACCUGCCAGAUGGACUGUCCUAACAUCUGCAAGCCCGUGUGUGGAACUGAUGGAAAAGAAUAUCAGAGUCCUUGCAAGGUGGACGAGGCGAGGCUGUGCCGAAACAUUGAAGUGUACAUCAAAAACUACGGCCCUUGUCUUCCACCACCACCACCACCACUACCCUGCCCAAUAACCUGCCCCAUGGUGUUUGAGCCUGUGUGUGGCAGUGACGGCGUGACUUAUCCCAGCGUCUGUGAAUUGACGCUCACGGCAUGCACAACCAACCAACCCGUGGUAGCUGUGUCCCACGGCAGCUGUGACCCACAAUGCCCCCUGAUAUGCAGCAAACACCCUGAAUUCCGGCCCGUGUGUGGCAGUGACGGCAGGACGUACCGGAACUACUGCUCCCUCCAGCUGGCUAAACUCUGCUACAACAAGGCCCUCCAACUUGCUCACAAUGGGAUGUGCUUGUUUUCCCGCGUGAAUGCCGAAGGGGAAACUGAGACCGGGAUGCAUGUUUCCAGUGAGUCAUGUCGCAACUGGCACGCCCCUGUCUGUGGUAACGACGGCAAGAGCUAUGAGAACGUGUGUGAAUUGUACAUGGCCAAGAAUGAGGAUAAAUCUCUAACACUGAAGCAUCCGGGCCAGUGUAAAGAAUCCAGUGACGAUAGUGAGGAUGAAAAUGUUGAAGGUGGUGACGAGAGUGCUAAAGAUGAGGGUGCUUCUGGUGAUGGUGGUGAUGAUAGUGGUGCUGGUGAUAGUACUGGUGAUGAUGUAAGUGCUAAUAAUGAGUCUAAGGGUGAUAGUGAGGGUGAUAAGGAUGAUGCUAGUGGUGAGGGUGAUGGUGAUGAAGCUAGUGGUGAGGGUGAUGGUGAUGGUGAUGAAGCUAGUGGUGAGGGUGAUGGUGAUGAUGCUAGUGGUGAGUCCAAGGGUGAAGGUGAUGAUGCUAGUAAGGAUGAGGAGUAAGGAUGGUGAGAAGACAAGUCAUAACUCAACACACACACACACACACACACACACACUUCAUGACUCCUCUUCGUCUAACUGUUUUCUAAGCCCCUCUCUCUCUCUCUCUCCUGCCAGAACACUAAAUAGAUAUGGAAGCUAGCACAGUUUGUCAGUGUUAUUUAUGCCAACUUUCCCACCUAGUAGAUCAGGUGAGGUGAGGUACUCCAUAGCUACACGCCAACUUUCAUGUAAUAUAAUUGGUGCAUUAGACAUGGCGGUUCUGUUUUAGCGAACAAACAAUGAAUGAACGCAGACACCCAGCCAGAGCUACCACGCUGGGCAAACACACCACACUACCACCACCAAGGCCAAUUGUGUAUGUGAGCUGAAAAAUAAAUAAUACAGUAAUGAGG